AUGCGGAGAGCAAUCAGCUUCCCUGCGCUGUGCCUGCUUCUUAAUCUUCAUGCUGCAGGGUGCUUCUCAGGAAAUAAUGAUCACUUUUUGGCAAUUAAUCAGAAGAAGAGUGGGAAGCCAAUAUUCAUUUAUCACCAUUCACAAGACAUUGAGAAGAGCCUGGAUAUAGCUCCACGAAAGAUAUACAAACAUAGCUACCAUUCCUCUUCUGAAGCUCAAGUAAGCAGACGCCACCAAAUUGUUAAUUCAGCAUUUCCUAGACCUGCGUAUGACCCGUCUCUCAAUCUGCUGGCCAUGACUGGUCAAGAUCUUGAAGUGGAAAAUCUUCCAAUCCCAGCAGCAAAUGUAAUUGUGGUGACACUACAAAUGGAUGUAAACAAGCUGAACAUAACCUUGCUUCGGAUAUUCCGCCAAGGAGUGGCUGCAGCCUUAGGACUCUUACCCCAGCAAGUGCACAUCAAUCGCCUCAUUGGAAAGAAGAACAGUAUCGAACUAUUUGUGUCUCCCAUAAACCGAAAAACAGGAAUUUCCGAUGCUCUGCCAUCCGAGGAAGUGCUGCGUUCACUUAAUAUCAAUGUUUUGCAUCAAAGUUUAUCCCAGUUUGGAAUUACAGAAGUCUCCCCUGAGGGGCUUCAUCUCUCCUAA